AUGGCGACGGAAGAAGAACCGACGGUCGACGUGAAGCUUUUCGUGGACAAGGAGAAGAACAAGGUCCUCUUCGCGGAGUCCGGCAAGGAGUUCGUCAACGUGCUCUUCGGCUUCCUCACGCUGCCUCUCGGCACCGUCGUUCGCCUCCUCGGCAAGCAGUCCCAGGUCGGAUGCCUCGACGAGAUCUACAAGAGCGUGGAGGAGCUCUCCAACGACUUCUUCAGAACCGAGGCCUGCAAGGCGAUGCUGCUUAGGCCCAUCAGCGCUGCGGCGAAGCAAUGCUGCGACCUCAAGGUCAGAGUCGAAGACACCAAGCACAGGGAGGUCUAUGUUUGCGGCGACACGAGCUGCUGCGCGAAGGCCGACGGCUCGUUUAGCUCGGUCCCCGGCGCUGCCUGCAAAUGCGGCAAAGUCAUGGGGCAGAUCCCUGGAGAGUGGCCGGAGAAUUGUGAUAUCACUUCUGCUACUGGUUCUGCAGAUGGAGUUUUUGUCAAAGGAUGCUUGAAGUUUAUCGUGACUGAUGAUCUCCAAGUAGCACCAGCCUCAACUUCUCUCAUGUUGUCACUUUUUAAGAAGUUUGGGGUGGAGGAUCCCUCCCGUCUUGCAGAGGAUGAUCCAGCUCAGUUCAGUCGAGAUGACUAA